AUUCGUAUUUAUUUUUGUUCAGCAGGCCGUAGGUGUUUUAGGUGAAUAAUGUUGCCAACAUGAACGAGCUUGACGACGAACAGUUUCAGAAGCUCAUGGUAACUUAUAAUUACCGUCGAGUGUGUAGUGUACCAUCUUGUCGCAGAAAACCUGGAUUGGAUGGUUCAAUAAAAAUGCACCACUUUCCCAAAGAUAAAUUCUUGGCUUCGUUGUGGAAGGAAGCGACGGGCAUUGACAAGUUGAAUGUAAACGCAGUCAUCUGUUCCCGCCAUUUCAUUCCGUCGGACUAUCAUCCCGGAAGUUUACGACUGAAACGUGGAAUAAUCCCAACGCAGAACUUGGAUGCAAUCAUGUCAGACGUGAAGUGUUUGACACUGAGUGAUGGUCAAGUGUUUCUGCUAACCAGCAGAUCAAAUCCGACUCUGGAUGAACGCAUCAAGUCCCUUGGCAAGGUGCCGGUUGAAAUGGUUGUACCUGUUCAUCAACGUCCAGAUGAGACCAGAGGUGUGAAAAAGAUUCUUGGUGAUCCCUGCAAGGUUACUCCGGUUGACCGUACAAAGCGCUACGCCAAAUCACCGCCUGCUGUGGAGACCAGUACUGAGAGGAAACGAGAGAACCGAGACGGAACAAACCCCAAGCGAAUGGACUCGUUUCUGAAAGUAGCUCACGUUCAGGUCGAAGUGGGAACUGAUCGCGUGGUGCUUGGAUCUCAUCAUAACUAG